AGAAUUUACAAUGUGAAUGCAAUUUUUGCAAAACCGGAUUGUAAUCAUGAGAAGUAUUACGAUUCCUGGAAGUAUAGAUUGUUUUAGAUUCUUGCAAGGGAGAUAAUACUUAAUUAAAUAGCAGUUCACCGGAAGAGUGCAACCAAGGAAAUUGAUAGCCGACUUGGUUUGACUAAGCCUGUUCAUGCGAGGUGAAUUGUGCAACACUUCUUACGUCCCCUGGCACCGGCUUAGGCGAAAAUCUAUUGUAAUAAAAGUGAAGGGACUUCGUGAUCCUAAAGGACCAGCAAAUAUAACAACACUGAGUCCAAGUACAGGGGGCAGUCAGUUUCAGGAUGGGUUGCCUCUUCUCAAAGAAGUCGUUAUCUACCUCGGCUUUCGGCGAUAGGAGCGCAGCAUCAACACGUGUCCAGCAUAUAAGAAAUUCUACCAGUAAUGGUAUUCUACGUGUACGGAAGUCUAACGAAACAGCAUCCGAUACAGAAUAUGAUACAAUUACAGAUCAUACGAACAAGCCGCAUCAGUUACGAAUGAAACCACCGCCUCUUGCUCCGCCCCCAUCUCCGCCUUCACCAAUUACAUCACAGUGUCAAGAUAUAACAGAACCACCUACUCCCGAAGACGAACGACCGGCUUUACACGUUCAGUAUGCAGAGGAUCUCCAACCUGCUAGUCCGCUUCAAUCGGUUGAGAUAUCGCCUGUUAAAGAGUCUAAAAAUAGCAGUUCAGAUAUGACGCCAGACGAUAAAAAUAGCCGAUCUAGAGAAACGCUAGAUGAUAAGCAUCGGUCAAGAGUGUCAGUGUCAAAUGUUACGUUAAAACCAAAUAUGAACGGUGUCAGAGGUGCGCCAAUGCCACUUAAGGACCUAUCUAUAGAAGAACUUGAUACAGAAAUGGACGAGUUUAAUAGAUUUAGAGGCACUAGGUAUCAAUCAAGGAAAGAAGAAAGACUCAAUCCUGUGACUACUGAUAUUCUUCUCCCUCGAAGAAAGGAAGUACAAAGUGUGAAGUUAGAUAUUGUAAAUAAGACUGAUAACGUGGCUAACAAUACAGCUAAAGAUAAUGCAACUACGUUCUCAAGAAGAGAUACACCAUACCCUAAUACUAAUAUAUUAAAACAUGAAUUCAAGCCAAAAGAUGUUGAGAUAAAGGAAAUGUCCGAUAACGCACCUCCUGAUUCAAAUGACGAAGUUCCUUCCAUCAAAUUAGAAAAUGAAAAACUAACAAUUGCAAAUCUAGAUGUGACAAAUACUCGAGACGAAAAAGUCGUGACUUUUGAUAUGUCAAAGCACAUAGAAACUAGAGACUCACGUCGGAAAUCUGACAACAUUAAAGACAGACCAGGAACACUUACUGAUAUACAUGUCCAAACUACACACGAAUUAGACACUGAAAAUCAUUCAACAACAUGUCAAAAAACGCUUUAUGAGCAAGACCUUGACAAGGUUAGGAAAUCCCGCAAACGAAAACGCACGAGAAAUAGGCAGUCAGAUUAUACCCCGCGAUCAGUAACUAUUGCAUUCAAAGAUAAUGAUAAGAACAGAUUCUUUGAGCGGUCAUUGGCCUCGUUGAAAGGACGACCUAAUUCUGGCACGAGUACAUGGACGUCAGGUAGUAAGAACUCAUUAGGUAGCACAGACACGUUGCAUAGUUUUGAUAUGGAAACAAACGUUGAGGCUAAGCAGGACCGUUAUUCAUACAUUCAUUCAGGGACGACACCAGUAAGUUUUCGAAACGUUUCAGAUGAAAAUACUGAAAUUAUUGAUCUUGAAGAUAAUGGAGACUUGAAUGAUGACUCAUGGCUAUCGGAAGAGCCCAUCCAAAAAGAGGAACAAUUUGAUGCAUGGUAUGGUAUGAAACCGUAUAAAGUGAUGCCAAACGCUGGACGAAAGGACGCGGGAGUAGUCCAGGCUUAUACAAGAGGUCCUAGUUCCAGUGAACUCAGAACGAAAGAAAAACUUAUGUACUCAAGAUUUGCUAGAAGACCCCAGUCCGAAUCAGUGCUAAGAAACAGAGGAAAACCCCCUAUACCACCUGGAACGCAGCUGAAAAAGAGGCCUGUAUCCGAUACUGUUCGGAAAUAUUUCACAACUGAUUUAGACAUCCAUUGACAAAAUUAGCCUAAGAAUCUGUUAAGAAAAUUAUAAUUUUCCCAUUGACUUCCAUUAUGAAAACUUGUUUGAGGUCCAAAUUUUUCAAAUCAAUUUUGCCAAAAAGCAAGCAUAUGACCUUAUCUGUUUUAUUGUUUUAUUUGCCGAAUGAUCUAAGUAUAUUUUUAACUUCUGAAAAUCAGGAUUUAAUCAAGUUCUACAUUGUAGAGAAUUUUUUGUUCCGAAUGGCAGAAAUUCCUCAAAGAAGUGCUAAUUUCAUUCAAUAUGCAUGCACAAUUCAAUCUGUUAGUCCACAGUUGGUCAGUCUGAAGCAAAUAGGAUCCUGUCUACUCUAAAUAUUAAAAAGCAAGUACUCCACAGUGUUAUUCAUACUUCGUAUACUAAAUAUUAUUCAGAUACGAUAAAACCGGCUGAAACAUCUGAAUCAGUAACGAUGUUUAUACUUUGCUUGCUUUUAAAUUGUAAGCCGAAAUUCCACUACGGAAUCCUGUUCGUGCCACUUCUUUAAUUCUCGCCUCACCAACACGCGACAAUGUGAUAAUUAUCGCAUUGUCGCCUUGUUCCAAAAGAUAUAUACAUGCGAGAUUUAACAAUCCUCGCGAGGUUUUUAGGGCGAUAAUUAUCGUUUUUAUUUUCGCAUGUCUUUCUUAAUUCUCACAUCGGGAAAUUAAAAUUCCGCUUAAAUAAUGAUAAGUAGUUGCGAGAAUUAGUAAAACCUCGCAUUGUCGCCCGGUGUUAGGGGUUAUUUUUUCUAUAGCACCGUGGAUGGAAAUUUCUGUUACACCGUUAACAAGGAUAGGGAGUGUCAUUAGAAAUUUGUUUCGGUGUACAUAAUACCCGGAAAGAAUUAUAUCGAUCAAUUGUCUAGAAAUUAUAUCCCAAGCGACAAUGCGACAAUGCAAGGUUUUAUUAAUUCUCGCAACUAUACAUCAUUAUUUAAACGAACUUUCAAUUUCCCGAUACGAGAAUUAAGAAAGACAUGCGAAAAUUAAGACGACAAUUAUCGACUACUCAAAAACCUCGCGAGGAUUGAUAAAUCUCGCAUGUAUAUAUGUUUUGGACAAGGCGACAAUGCGAUAGUGAUUGUGUUGUCGCGUGUUGGUGAGGCGAUAAUUAAAGUGGCACGAACAGGAUUUCGUAAUUAACUCACUGUUUUAAAAACUAUAAAACCACCGUUUGCACCAUUAAAAUGACUAUUUAACCACUGUUUAAAUGGCCAUUGAAAUAGGUGUCCGUCUUUUUAUGUGAGAAACUUAUAUCUUGAUUUUCACAUAUUAAACCGACGUUAAAGAACAAACCCUUUAAUAGAACGUUGGUGAGUGUUCUUCAAGUAUUAUUGCUUUCAGGCAUUGACUUGAUGUAUCUGACAUUGUCGUUAUACCGAUAUUUUGAAUUCCUAAUGGUAGGUUGAUGUAAGAAAGUCUUAUUUUCAGUUGAAUUUCGUUUAUUUCACAUCGUAUAAAGGUUUCAAAUACAGCUACAUCUUCAAUUCAA